UCACCCACUGGUUCUGUGCGUCUAAAUUGCUUUGCUUGCAGGGAGGGGAAGACCGCUGAUGGACUGGCCGACGAGGGUGAAGAUCGCGGCGGGAUCGGCACGUGGGUUGGCCUACCUGCGCGAGGACUGUCAUCCAAGGAUCAUCCACGGGGACAUCAAGUCAUCCAACAUCCUUCUCAACGACAACUUAGAAGCUCAGGUCGCGGAUUUCGGGCUCGCCAGGCUCACAGAGAACGAGGUGACGCACGUCUCGAUGCGUGUGAUGGGAACAUUCGGGUACUUGGCGUCGGAGUACGCCUCGACGGGGAAGGUAACAGAUAAAUCCUUCAGGGUGGUGCUCCUGGAGCUCAUCACCAGCCGGAAGCCCGUCGACACAUCCCGCCCCCUCGGCGACGAGAGCCUCGUGGAGUGGUCGAGGCCGCUGCUGAACCGCGUGAUCGACGAGCAGGAGUUCGAGGAGCUGGUGGACCCGCGCCUCAUCGGUGACUACGACGACGUCGAGAUGUUCCGCAUGAUCGAGGCGGCGGUGGCGUGCAUCCGGCACUCGGCCGCCGGGAGGCCCAAGAUGGGGCAGGUCGUUAGGAUUCUAGACAGCCUAACCCUGAACGACGUGGACCUGAGCAACAGCGGAAGGAGGGAUCUAUAG